UUUUGUGGAGUCAGUCGUUUCAUAUGUUUUCAAGAGCCGCCACCUGUGCCUAGAAUUGACCCUCUUUGUUUGGAGACUCUUUUACUGAAAGAAUUAACCUGUCGUACAUCGAGUCACUGCUGUAAAUAUAAGACUGUUGAAGGAUAGUCAGUGAGUGAGGCUUUUCUUCGCAACGACAUCCUCGUGUACUGCUCUUCACGGAAGAGUGCGCGACAAAUACCGUAACAAGAUUCAUGACGAUUGUGGUAUGAGAAUCGUUUUCUACAAUAUCCAUGUUCUUCCAUAGACAUUACUUUGACAAACAUGAUUCCUUUUUUGAGCACACAUUUUAAAUGUUUUCUAUUGGCCAAAAUUCAACUGAACUUAGCUAGUAAUCCAGGGAUGUUGAAAGAAAUUUCUGGGUAAUGUUAUUGUUUACUUCAUAUGUAUGUGACGCUCCAGAAACCGGUUGGAGCCGUCUAAAAUAAAUGCGAACUCGAGAGCCUGUUUCAGACAAGACCAAUUUAAAUUUCCCUUUAAAAUUACAUUAAGGGCUCGCACAAUUUAAUGAUACCAAGGAAGUAAACCAAACAACUGCCGAAAUACAAACGUUUUAGAAGUUACUAAUUUAAAUCUUUCUAAGAAUCGCUUGAAUGGCUACUCUUUCCGAGAAAAUGGAAGUUGGAAAAAUGUCACCAUUUAUGUAAACUGCAGUGUGGUCCAAUUAUUACUUUGGUGCGUAUUUAAUUUAUUUGCGUAAGCAUUAAAGAUCAAAUGAAAUAGACUGAAAAGAUGUUUGAUUUAUAUCAGUUUUAUGGAAAUAAAACGGUUGUUGCUACCGGUAUGAAUUCUGUAUAAAUUAGUUGACCUCAUGUCUUUUAGUGGCAGCGGAGGCAUAUCGGCUUCCGGUUAAUGUUUUAACAUUUUUUAUUUCCGUAACAUGUGUACGUUUUCAAAAAGACGGUUUCCAUGGUCAAUUUUUCGUUUUUCCAGAUCACUUGUUAAUGGGUAAAAGGGCCAAGAUUCUUAAAAAACUGUGGCGCUGUUUCGGUGUAAAGUAGCAUAAGGGUACGGCACAAGACGAUUUAAUUCGGUUUAUCAACUGAGUUAAUAAUGUAAUUGGCCACCAAAAAGAGUUUCUAAAGCUGCCGUUUUUACGUGAGCGUCAGUUCUUCGUCAGUGCAAAUAGACCCAACAAAUUCUAAAUGAAGACGCAUUUUCUUAGUCUAGAAAGUUCAAAGGUAUAUUUUAUUAGGAGGUGCGAUUUGUAAGUUGUUAGAUAUUAAGUCUAGCCUACAAAACAAACAACGGCCAUGGUUCAUGUUUGUGUGACAAAUAUUCUAAGUCAAGUUUCAGGUUUAAAAAUUAACUAAAACAGAAGUAUGAAAUUGAAUAAUUGUCGUUUCUACUUUUUCUACAAACUCUGGAACAGACACCCCAUGAAUGGCAAGGAAAGGAGCAAGCAAUAAAUCUAUGGACACCAGCGCAGCCCAGCUGAGUGAUUUACUCUGCUGCUCGGCUGACCUCGAGCAUUACCUUCGUGAAUUCAUUUUGUCUGGCGGCCGUGAGCUAACCUUCCUUUUGAGUGGUAAGACAGGAGUUGGAAAAUCUCACUUGACAAAUGCGCUGAUAGGACAGGAGCUUGCUGAAGAAGGAGAGGAACUCGAUCCACAAACCGAUGACGUGAGUCAUUUUCCAGACGGUUAUCAGCAUAACCUACUAUAUAGUCAAACUUGCCACUUAAUGACAUUUUUAGAUUUGUUCUAUCAAAUUUUUUUUCAGUGCUUUCAUUCUUAAACCAUCUCUGAUCUUAUAUAAUAACAUCAGUUUCCUCUCACCAACGUGGCCUUGUCGUCUUUGCGUAUUGUCGAUGCAUUUUCUUCCCUUAAAAAAAAAAAAACCAACACUGCAGCAUGCAAUGAAACAGAGGUGUUGGUCGGUGCUAAAUUGAACUUAGCAAUACUUUCUGAAUUAAACAUGUGUUAUGUUGUAAGAUAAUUUUGAUUUUUAUUUCCAGGUGACACCGUACGAUUUUUUUAAGAACAAUGUGAAGAUAACUGUCUUCGAUACUCCCGGAUUGGCGGAUGACACCGGUAACGACGAAAAGUACCUUGAGCAAAUCAAGAAAAAAAUUACAGCUGUCGAUCUUUUCCUGUUCUGCUUCGAUGUGACCUCCACCAGAUUUCGUGACGACGACGCUAGGACAAUUAAAAAGGUCACAACGACGUUUGGUAGAAGUUUGUGGGAUCAUGCUCUGGUGGUAUUGACCUUUGCGAACAGAGUUCAACCUUCAAAGGACAAAGUCACCGAGAAAGAUUUCUUUCAACAACGAAUGCUUCUUUUUCGCAACAAGAUUUGCAAAGUGCUUGACAAAGAAGGAGUUGACGAGAAAGCCCUAAAUGAUUUACCGUUCGUACCAGCUGGAGAAUGGAUGAAGCCAGCACUCCCAGACAGAGAUAACUGGCUGACAGUGUUUUGGAUUGAGGCAUUCAAACGUAUCAACAGAAAUGCAAAAGCUGCUUUCCUUCUUGCAAACAUCGAUCGCUUUAUUAUCUCUUUUGGUGGACAUUUAUCGGAUGAACCCCGUGGUGAAGGUGAACGAUACGAUGAAUGCUCUGAUGAGGAAACGUUUGUCGUUCUAGGGAGCUUGGAAAAGAGCUCGCCAUUGAUAUCAACGUCCGAAGGAAAAUAUUAUCGAAAAAUACUUGAAAGAAUAAAAACAAAACAAAUGAAAUCUGCGACCAUAAGCAACAGUGAUACUUUGGUGGACGACAAAUAUGGAAGCACGUCGAUUCUUCGAAGAGGAUCGGCGUUAGUUUCGGCUGAAGUUGGAGAACAAUGUCGGGCCCAGAUGCGAAAAAUGAACGUCCAGGGCCCUGGAGAUGAAAAAAGAGCUUACCAUUGCGAGAAGGUGUAUUCUCUUCCUCCUUCUUAUGACGAGGCUGUGCGCAUGGGUAAUCCAGUGCCUCUCCCAAUGGAUGAGUCCUCUUCACAAGAACUGCUUAAAGAAAUGAUACAAGAAGCGUUACACAACUGUGAACCUGGCGUGAACGCUGGAGUGAGAGGUAGCCUAUCCAGUUUUGGAAACAUUUAUGCGAAAUUGUUUAGGAAGACAAUAGAGUUUAUAAAGAAUCUUCUCCGUAGAAAAGAAAACCGAUAAACUCAAAUGUAGAAGGACGAGCGCGUAACAACCUUAGAGGUGACCAUUGAAACAUUACAAAAGGGUUACUGAGAAUAGGUUUAGCCUGCGUUGCUGGCGGUCUGCGGUUUUGGGGGCAGAGAGAAAAUCGUAGACCGCCAGCAACGCAGGCUAGAAUUAGUUAGGUGAUCGUGUUUCAUUAAUGCUGUUACUGUUUUUGUAAUGACAAUGGCACUAGAAACUUUUCGACUGCUUACUCUGCAAUUAUUGAUACCUUAGCAAAUUUAAAGCAAGGAAGGCAUUUUAACACUAAUUGCGACCAAACAUCAUAGCAGGAAAUUGUCAUUAACCUCUGAUCGGCUG